AUGGGAAUGGAAAUACUUCAUUCUAUGGAUAACAACCUAAACUGUAACUACACCUUGAAACAGCCAAAUGUCAAGCUGGUAUGUCCAGAUUACGACAAUUCCCCUCAGAAAUACCGAUUUACAUUCACGAUAAUUUACGGGGUUCUUACGUUUGCCAUCUGGUUUCUCUACACCGCUUACUCAGUUCCGAGGCUACGAAAAUUUCGCAGGCAUGAAGUGUUUAGACCAUUUUGUGGUCUCUACAUAGCGUAUUUCAUACAACUGUUUUCCAAGCUUCUCAUCCACUUUGUGAUGCUUUUCAUUUACGUUACACAAGUGCAAUUUUCUUUCCCCUCGCGUCUUCACUGUUCUCUUAUGAACACUACUGAUCCUUACUCGAAGCCAAAAACCAUCAGUUGUAACGAAAGAUACCGUGUGGAAAAGUCAGUCAUGCAAACCACGCUAACAACUGCCCUAGCGGUGUUGACUUUGAUUCCUUUAGUAGAACUAGUUUACGUCUUAAAUAUGACGAGGUCCAGAAGCAGAACGGUGUUUGUCGGAGAAGAAAAUAAUGAACGUGAACAUCUUGAUAACGGAUGUUUGUGCGUUUGUGCAAUACCAACCGACACACAAUUCAUCUUACUUAGCCUCCACGUGAGAAAAAUUGACCUUCCACGCGAACCUGAAAACCAAUCUGAAAAAGAACUGGAUAAAUACUUUGAGGACAUCAAAAACUUUUAUUUAGAAAAAACCGAAUACGUGGACAACUUUCUUUUACCCGAAGGUGGGGUCUUAAAACUAGAUGACAUUUUUAUCAAACCGGUCAUCACCGACGUAAAACGCCCCAAAUCUGCUACAAAGAACUAUUUUGUUCAAAAGAAGUUGGCGGAAAACAAAGAGAAUUUGUCGUCUACGUUUUUGUUAACUGGAAUGACAGGAACAGGGAAGACUACAUUUGCUCAUAAGAUAAUCAGGCAAUGGGCGAAAGGAGAAUCAUGGCUUUCGAAUAAAAUCAAGGUUGUUUUGUUUCUUGAUUUUAAACUUCUGAAAGGCGCCAAGAGAACUGUUUGCCUGAGGGAAUUAAUUUGCAACCAAUUUCCCUUGGAAUUCAACGAUUUUGUGCAAGGAAAUCCCGGUUCCACUUUAAUUAUUAUUGACAACGUCGGUGAAUUGAAUAUAGAGUUUAAAGAAUCCGAUUUUGCAGAUACUUUAGACGAAGAAAUGCCCUUUUCAGUUAUGUUGGAGAAACUUAUCAUCGGAAAACUUUUAAAGGGCGCUACAGUUAUUGGUCUGACCAGGCUAUUAUACAGCGGCUAUACAGGGUUGGUAGGUGCCGAGAGUCAAGCCGAAAUCGUGGGAUUUCUUCCGCAGUCAGUCGAAGAAUAUAUCAAUAAGUAUUUCGACAGAGCAGAUGUGGAAUUGAACACACUUGAACUGCUAAACCAAUUUACAGACGAUGCUUGUUCCAUCUGCUGUGUUCCAUCCAACUGCUUCUACAUGUGCUCUUUACUAAAGUGGCCCCGACGCCUUGAUAACUCAUCUGUUGUGGAGAAGAGAGAGAGAGUUCCAGAAUCUCUCACACAGUUGUACAUUCAAGUGAUUCAAAUGAUUUCCUUGAAGGAGGAGCAACCAUCAUGUUCAGUACAACCAGAUGAGGGACAGUUAUCAAAUUGCACAAACCAAUGUUCAAAAUCUCCAGGAAGUAAGAAUACUCAACUUGGUCUGGCCAACAUUGACAGCCACGCAUGCUCUUUAGCAAUGAGAAGUAUCGAUGAAGGCAAGGCCAUCUUUACCAUUGACGAACUUCGUUGUGUAUUGUCAGAGGAAGACAUUCCAGUUUACUUUCGCCCUAUCGAGCUGAACAAUGAUGACCAAGAAACACGUUUCUCUUUCCGCUGGGGUUGUUUUCAAGAAUUUUUAGCAGCCUACUUCACCGUCUCCGAUUAUUCGCUGACGAAAUUCCAGAGCUUGGUUGAACAAGUCAAAGAGGACUCAACUGGAAAGCGCGACCAAGUGCUUCAAUUUGCCUGUGGCCUUUUGUUUCAAUUACCACAGGCCUCGGAUAAGACGAAGAGAGAAGCAAUUCAUCUUGUCACAGUUGAAUUAGAUAAUGGACCUCAGCAAUGCAAAAGAAAACAAAAGGAACUGCAAAUUGUCUUGCUGAAGUGCGUUGCGGAGGUCAAAGAUCGUAAGCUUUAUCGAGAGGUCGCGAGCAGGUUUAUUCCUUUCGUCGAAUUUCCGUGCUGUGACAUUGGUGUUCCCGAGUGCUCCGCCCUUGCAAAUGUACUAGGUGCCUCUCCCUUUGCGUCAAUAAGAAGCAUCGAUUUAUCGGACAACAAAGUAGGAGUGAUGGGCAUACGACAAUUAACACAGAAACUACUGCUUCCAGGAAAAGGGCCAACCGAGGAGUUUAACGUGAAAGCAAACAUGCUGGGUGACCAGGGUAUAAAGGAAAUGACCGAAGCUCUUAAGAAGAGGGAAUGCAGGUUAAAGAUUCUAAAUGUGGCCGAAAAUUGUAUCACAAGCGUUGGUGUUUCAUCACUCUCUUCAGCCCUUAACUUGAACACUUCCAUAGAGGAACUGAAUCUAAGUGGUAACGACAUCUGCAGUGAAGGCGUAGCGCAGCUAGCCACGACUCUUCAAAAAGAGAAGACUAAACUCUCAAAAGUAAACCUCGGCUUGAACAACAUUGGAGAUAAUGGAGUUGCAAGUUUGGAGUCGAUUCGUCAAAGCAGUAUCAGCUUGGCAUGGAACAAUAUAACCAUCACAGGUAUUAAAUCCCUGGCCUCUUUCUUUCACUCUUUGACAAACCUAGAGGAACUUGAUUUGAGUGGCAAUGUCAUUGAAGGUGUUGGAUUGAAAGUAAUGCUACCUUGCUUGAUGACACCAAGUUGCAGAAUCAAACGCCUUGAACUUAACUUCUGCAAGUUAUUAGACGCAGGACUAACACACUGCACCGAACUUUUAACUUUCUCAUCAAACCAAAUAACUGUUCUAGGUCUCGCAGGGAACAGCAUUACGAACGAAGGCGUUCGAAACUUCGCAGGAACGUUUGAUUCUCCAGCAUGUAAGGUGAAACAUUUGAGUCUAAGUCGCAAUCAGAUCGGAGAUGAAGGAGUGGAAAUUCUUUCACAGAAUUUGUGCAGCUUAAAUUGUACCCUUCAAGAACUGGAUUUAAGUAGAAAUUUAAUCCACAGCAAAGGAUGCAAGUUCCUCGCUGCAGCUAUCCGGAAACGCAAUUGCUUGCAGAGAUUAGAUCUGCAAGGCAAUCAAGUUGGUGACGAAGGUGCCACGGAUUUACUGUCAUCACUCCGGAUUCACAACUGCAAGCUUCACAGUUUGACUCUAGAUCAAAAUGACAUCGGCGAUGAAGGUAUUUCCCGUUUGCCCCAUGCAUUCCGCAGCCCCCAUUGCAACCUGGAAAAUCUUAAAUUGAGGAGAAACCUGAUCAGUCGUAAAAGUCUGGAAUCUCUGACCGAGGCAACGAACAACACCUUCUGCCGACUAGAGCUGGCAUUAAACGACUUGGCUUAA